AUGGAAACCUCAAUCUCCUAUCUAGCUCAACAUCCCAUCUUCGACAUUGAGAAACCUUUCGAUACCGACGUGCCCGUUGACCACAUCCCCGGCGCGCGCGCCUCGAACCAUCAGAACGAUGAGAGAGCCGUGACGGUGUAUCCCAUCAUCGACCCCGACGAAUGGGACCUCGAGAAACACGGUUUCUGCUUUAUCAAAGCAAGGACGGGGUUGAAGGCUCAGGAUGCAUUGACGAGGAAAAGGGAGGUGCAAAAGGGCUAUUGGUAUGAGAUUGAGGCGUUGUUGCAUGAGAAGUUCCCACAGUAUUCGAGGAUUGAGUGUUAUGACUGUACGGUUAGGAAGAGGGACCCCGACUUUCCUGCCAAUAUUAGGAUCUAUACCAAGGUUGAGCAGCCGGCGCGAAGACCACAUAGUGACUGUUCCCCGAGGGGUGCGCACAUGAAUCUUGAGCGUGCAUUCCCGGGACAGGAAAGCUUUUGGGAAGGCAAGGAUUUCGAUGUUUUGAACGUUUGGCGACCCCUGCGAGGCCCAAACAAUGACUGGCCCUUGGCGAUGUGUGACUGGACGACCAUCGACGCUUCAACCGACGUACGCGUCAACGAUGCUAUCAGACGCGAUCGGGUGGAUGAGAACGCUAUCCUUCAUUUCAACGAGAAGCACAAGUGGUAUUACAUGAAGGAUCAGUCGGUGGAGGAUUUGAUCGUCUUUCGCAAUGCUGAUUCUUUGGGGAAGCGUGCUCAGGGGUUCCACUGUUCGGUCUUGAAUCCGGAGGCGAGUGGUCAACUGAGGGAGAGUGUUGAGGUCAGAUGUGUUGCGUUUCGUUGAGGGCGUGGUGCACACUAAAGCGUGCUUGUCACCAAGAAUAGUAGGUAUAAGUCAAUACUGUACAUUCGGAACGUACUACGCUAUCAACAAAACGUUACGAAUAAGGCUACUGACAACUUAAUACAAGCCCAAACCCUCAAGUAAUCAAUCC